AUGUCUCGCGUCCCAGGAGAAAACGAAAUACCAGAUAUUGGCGACAUCUAUAAAGACUCCCUAAAAGCAAGUGAAGAGUAUCAUGCUUGUUUAACUACUACUAUAUACGGUCAAAAAUAUUUGGACCCAGAGAAAUGUAAAGCCAGAAAUUUUGACCCAAUCAAAGAAGAUGAGAAACAAAUAGAAAGGAUCCAUUUGAGUGCAAAAUGGAUUGAAAAAAAAAACAGAAGAGAUAUCUCAAGUAGAACUAAUGCCAUCUCUUUUCAUAGUCCGCAAGAAUUUGUAAAUAAGAAUCGAAAUCCAAAAUCUCUGGAUUGCUUGGAUGACUCCCCAAUUACAAUACCAAAGAAGAGAAAUAAGAGUGAUAAAAAGCCAUCAACAAAGAAAAUUAGUUCUUUAUUGAUCAAAGCUUCACAUCUUGUGAACCAUAAAAUCAAACUCGAAGAUGGACUUUAUGUCAAGGUCAUUGCUGCAAAGAUGAACAAAGAUAAUGUUUUUUUAGAGGUGGAGGAAAAAGUGGGGGAUGAAUUGAAAUAUUACGAAAUUGAGUAUCAGCAAGAUAUGGUUGGAUUGUAA